ACUGGCAGACAGACAGAUAGACCUUUCAUAACUAGAAACCGCAAUGUUGUACCAACGGGUAUGGAGUUUGGUUGCGCUGCUACUGAUCGGGUCUUGUGCUCAGGGCAAGAUCGACAAUAGCUUGGAAAAAAGCUACGAAAGCGAGAUGAGCGACUUCAUGGAUAUGGUGCCCGAUCCCGAUGGGGUUGAGCCCGAAGAUAUUGGCAUUCGCGGCGGCUUCGAGGAGCAGCCCGAAAAUAUAUUGGACGCAUUGAAAGAUGAGAACGAGGAUGCCGAGCCUUGUGUGUGGAACAAGUGCGACAAGGACUUCAAUGAAGCGCGUGGCAUUCACAAAUAUGUGGACUUCACCUUCCUGAAGAAGAUUGUGAAAAAUUGGAAUCCAUUUUCGAGUGCCGGUUCGCGCAUGCAGUUCUAUUUGUUUAAACGCGAGUUCCCGGACUGUGGUCAAGAAUUGGACUUCACCCAAGUUCGAAAAUGGCGGCAUUCGGAUUUUAAUGCCUCGCUACCCACGCGCCUUAUUGUGCACGGCUGGAUGAGUCAGUCUCUGGGAUCGUUUAAUCGGGAUGUGAAGAAUGCGUAUCUGAAGCGAGGCGACUAUAAUGUGAUUGUGGCCGACUGGAGUGCCAGUUCCGCCAAUGUCAACUACUUUUCAGUGGUUAAACUAAUUGAAGAGUUUGGCGCCCAACUCGCACAAUUUACGCGUGAGUUACACAGGAGAUUUGAUGCGAAAUAUGACGAUAUGUACGUGAUUGGACAUUCGCUGGGUGCUCAGAUAGCGGGCGCUGCAGGAAAACGUCUCAAGCCGGAGCAAUAUAAUACCAUCUUCGCGCUAGAUCCAGCGGGUCCCAAGUUCCGGCAAAAGGGUGCAGAGUUCCGCAUCGAUCCCACCGAUGCCAAAUAUGUGGAAUCGAUGCACACGAGUGGAAACUUUGGAUUUCUAAGGCCAACAGGCCAUGCCACCUUCUACCCGAACUAUGGACUGUAUCAGCGUAACUGCUACUAUCUGGGCUGCUCCCACAUACGCUCCUAUCAAAUGUUUGUCGAAUCCAUUAACUCACCCGCCGGCUUCUGGGGAACGCCGUGCACGCGACACGAUCGCAAAUGGCAGUGCGACGAGACGCAGCGACAAUCCUAUCAAAUGGGUGGAGAGCCGGCGGUCCAUAAGUCCGGUAUUUACUACGUGAAGACAGCCUCCAAUGAUCCUUUUGCCCUCGGCAGACGUUAA